GUCUGAUGUUUUUAAUCUACUAGUUUUUCAGAAAAACGGUGCUUUUUUCCAAGCUUCAUAUCCAAGUAGAAACAAAUCAUCUAUGCUUUUAUCACGUGGACAUAAUGGAAAGAGGAUUUUUCUCAAUGCCGCUUUUGAAAAUUUUGAGCAGAGGAAUCAUCCUUCCAUUGAAAUCUUUAUUAAUAAAUUCCUCUUGGAGGUAUUCAAGCGACUACCUAGUGGCAAAGAGACAAGUGUUUGUGCUUGUGUUUCUAAGCGAUGGCUCACACUUUUAUGCACUGUUCACAAGGAUGAGAUCGCAGAAUCUAAUGGAUAUCUUACCAGGUCCCUUCUUGGUAGGAAAGUCACAAUAGUCAAACUUGUUGCUAUUGUCGUUGGAACUUCAAACCGUGGAGAUUUAACAAAGCUAUCUAUUCGGGGAAACAACCUUUAUCAUGGUGCGACUUAUAUUGGUCUCAAGGAUAUUUCUCGAGGUUCCCCUACUCUCAAAGAACAUUCCUUGUGGAAUGUGUCUUAUGUUGGUGAUGAAGGUUUAUCUGAGAGUGCCCAUGAAUGUCAUUUGUCAGAGAAGCUAGAUCUUUUCCAAUGCCCAAGAAAUAGAGGUCCGGAUGGUUCUUCCAGUCUGGAGCGUAAAAUUCUCGAUGCUGUGAAUGAGUGUCGAAUGACGAAUUCAUCUAUGACACACCCUUGUGAUCCUAAUCUUGUUCCAUCAUGGAAGAGAAGUUUUGACAUCUUAGGUGCUUUGAAAUUUGUACCUUGGAUGCUCAAUAGUUUUAUCCAGGCUCAUCCUCCUUCUAGAGUUAGACGUAAGGUGUAUGAGUUCUCACGUAUUUUGCCUGAUACUCUUAAAUUUGAACUUGUUCCCCAUGAGGAUAUUUGGGAAAGUCUAUUCAACAAUCAUAUUCCAAGUAAAGAAGAUAUAGGACUAUAUUUUUUGGCAAGUGAGAAUGAAAGGUUUGAGAGAUAUAUUGCUCUAGUGGAGUCCAUAUGUAGCAAAGAUUUGGUGAUGAGAACGCUUAUAAAUGAUGAUGAGCUCCUUAUACUUGCAUCCACAGCCCUGUGCAGUGAUUCUCAAAUGGAUUGGUGUUGUGAAGAAUGUGAUAUUGGUAAAUGGAUGAGUGGACUAGAAAAUGUGCAUUAUGAGCGACCCAGGUUACCUGCCUUUGAAAAGAUUUGUUAG